UCGUCCUUCCUCCUCCCUGUCCCUGCGGGGGCUCUCUGCAGCUGAGCCACUGACCUCUGACCCCAGCCCAGGCUGACCUCGACCCCUCUGCCUGCCUGCGGAGCAUCUCCUCACAGGUGGCUCCUUGCCCCAGGAUGCGGGCUUGGGGCAAGAACUCUGCGAGGAGGGACCGGAGGAAGGCAGGGCUUGUCCUAAGCCUGCAGGUGGCCGGGGAGGGCCCCCAAACUAUCGCGCUUCAAUCCACCGGUCACACCGAAUACUUACAUCAGGCAGUUGUCUUCUGCUUUCUGCUGUGAUACCUUCACCCACAGACAAGCUGAAGUGACGCAACUCAAGAUCCGUGGACACCCUGCAGGCUGUUCAACGAGAUCCUCUGACUAUGGCACAGGUGGAGAAACGGGGAGGUUUGCUCCGGAAGUCUUCUGCAUCCAAGAAACCCCUGAAGGAGAAAGUAGUGUUGAUGUAUGAUGAGAUCUUCACGAUGGAAGACCCCAGCCAGUUCAGCCCUCGGUUUUGGGAGGAGCUUUUCCUCAUGAAAGUGAACCUGGAAUACCUCGAAGGCAAGCUGGAAUCUCUUGAUGGUGAGGAAUUAAUGAAGAUCAAGGACAAUGUGAAUUGCUUAUUUCAACACUGCAUCCAAGCUCUGGGAGAGGAGCAUCCAAUUCGAGUUGUCAAUGCCUUGCAGACCUUGUGUGCUCUCAUUCGAGGAGUUCAUCAAAAGAAUAAGUCUACCUCUGGGUUUGACAUUAUCAACAUGCUGAUGGGCUUUGACAAGGCGGAGCUGUGCAUGAAGAACCUGAUGGAGAAUUUGGAUUCAUUGCUUUGUGCAGAAGGUUCUGAAAGUCUAAAGAGUUUAUGUCUGAAACUUCUCCUUUGCUUAGUGACUGUGACAGAUAACAUCAGCCAGAACACUAUCUUGGAAUAUGUAAUGAUCAACAGCAUAUUUGAAGCAAUUUUACAGAUCCUUUCCCACCCUCCAAGUCGUAGAGAGCAUGGGUAUGAUGCUGUUGUCCUCUUGGCUUUGUUGGUGAAUUAUAGGAAAUAUGAGUCUGUGAAUCCUUAUAUUGUGAAGCUGUCUAUUGUGGAUGAUGAGGCCACACUUAAUGGGAUGGGACUUGUGAUUGCUCAGGCUUUAUCUGAAUACAACAGGCAGUAUAAAGAUAAGGAAGAAGAGCACCAGAGUGGUUUCUUCUCUGCUUUAACAAACAUGGUGGGCAGCAUGUUCAUAGCAGACGCCCAUGAGAAAAUCUCCGUGCAAACCAAUGAGGCUAUUCUUCUAGCACUUUAUGAAGCAGUUCAUUUAAAUCGCAACUUCAUCACAGUUCUAGCUCAGAGUCAUCCGGAAAUGGGCUUGGUGACGGCUCCUGUCAGUCCUGCUCCAACAACCCCAGUCACACCACUUGGGACCACUCCCCCCUCUUCUGAUGUUAUAAGUUCUGUGGAACUCCCACUGGAUGCAGAUGUACAGACCAGCAAUCUACUAAUAACCUUCUUAAAGUAUAGUUCAAUUGUCAUGCAAGACACCAAAGAUGAACACAGGCUGCAUAGUGGCAAGCUCUGUCUGAUCAUCCUUACAUGUAUUGCAGAGGAUCAAUAUGCCAAUGCAUUUUUGCAUGAUGACAACAUGAAUUUUCGAGUAAACUUGCAUAGAAUGCCCAUGAGACACAGGAAGAAGGCAGCAGAUAAGAACCUUCCCUGCCGUCCUCUAGUCUGUGCUGUACUGGACCUGAUGGUGGAGUUUAUUGUAACACACAUGAUGAAGGAAUUUCCUAUGGAUCUUUAUGUACGCUGCAUACAGGUAGUACAUAAACUGCUUUGCUACCAGAAGAAGUGUCGAGUACGCCUGCAUUACACCUGGCGGGAGCUCUGGUCAGCCUUGAUAAAUUUGCUGAAGUUCCUUAUGUCAAAUGAGACUGUACUUUUGGCCAAACACAACAUUUUUACAUUAGCCCUUAUGAUUGUGAACCUAUUUAAUAUGUUUAUCACGUAUGGUGAUACAUUCCUGCCAACCCCCAGCAGCUAUGAUGAAUUGUAUUAUGAGAUUAUCCGCAUGCAUCAGAGCUUUGACAACCUCUACUCCAUGGUUCUGAGGCUUUCUACUAAUGCAGGCCAGUGGAAGGAAGCUGCUAGCAAGGUCACCCACGCCUUGGUUAACAUCAGAGCCAUCAUCAACCACUUUAACCCCAAAAUUGAGUCAUAUGCUGCUGUGAAUCACAUAUCCCAACUGUCAGAGGAGCAGGUGCUGGAGGUGGUGCGAGCCAACUACGACACGCUCACGCUGAAACUGCAGGAUGGCCUGGACCAGUAUGAGCGCUACUCAGAGCAGCACAAAGAAGCUGCCUUCUUCAAAGAGCUGGUUCGAUCCAUUAGCACCAACGUCCGGAGAAACCUGGCCUUCCACACACUCAGCCAGGAAGUCCUGCUCAAGGAAUUCUCCACUAUCUCCUGAGACCUCACCAACCUGAGCAGCCGCUGAUUGCCCUUCCCCAUGAGGCCUCCUCCCCCGGGGUUGAGGGGAGCAAAGGGAGAAGGGGGCUGCCUCCACGGCUGGAGAGAAACACGGGUGCCAAGUCCUCUUGGUGAAAGCCACGCUGCAGUGGAGCUUGGACCUCGGGAGCCAGGAGGAACAAGCCUGGGCAUAUCUUAUUCGGGGAGGAAUGGGUGGGCAAGGGAGAGGCCUCCAAGAAUGCAGGGAUUUCCAGGAAGAGCUUCCUGGACAUCCUCUCACAUUUCCAGUUGGGAUUCAAGUUGUGGCUGCUUACUGAUGUUCUGGAGCUGGGCAGGCCUCAGACUAAUGCCAGCACUCUAAAGGUUACUUGCUUUCUUCAACUUCUGAGAGCAGAUUGACUGAGGUACAGCUGGAGCCCACAGUCUGUCUCAUCUGGGCCCUAGGCUGAGCUGGGUUUGAAAUCUGUCCCCCUGCCCUACUCUGUGCAGUCAUUAGGAUCCUUAGUUCAGGCCUAGGGUAGAAUAGGAAUGGGACACCUUCUUUUCUCUUCUAAAUUCAGAGUUGACUCCUGGGAAACUGGAGGUUUCAGCUAGCCAGCCACCGCCUUCUGAGUUUUAGUUUUGGCACCGGCAGUUAGCUUCCCCCUGCCUUUAGUCCGUUGACUCAUCAGCACAAUAGGCUCACAACCUUGGCGCCUCGUUUUUAAGCUGGUUUAGACUGUCUUUAGAGUGUGUGUGAAAUAAACAUUGACAGGUUUUCUGGA